UCCAUCCCCUUCUGCACCAUGUACGCCAUAGCCAUCUUGGGGAACUUCACCAUCCUGUUCAUUGUGAAGAGGAAGCCGAGCCUCCAUGAGCCCAUGUACUAUUUCCUCUGCAUGCUGGCUGUCACCGACCUGGUCCUGUGCAUGUCCACCCUGCCCAAAAUGCUGAGCAUUUUCUGGUUCAAUUUCAGGGACAUCGAUUUCAGUGCCUGCCUCACCCAGAUGUACUUUGUUCAUUGUGUCUCAGUGAUAGAGUCUGGCAUCUUCGUGGCCAUGGCUUUUGAUCGCUACGUGGCCAUCUUUGAUCCCCUGAGAGAUUCCAUCAUCCUGACAAAUCCCGUGGUGGCCAUGAUCGGCCUGGCCAUAGUGCUGCGUGGCAGCAUGAUCAUACUGCCCACUCCCUUCCUGGCGAGGCAGUGGCCAUAUUGCAGAACCAACAUCAUCCCCCAGUCGUACUGUGGGCAUAUGGCUGUGGUGAAGCUGGCCUGCGCUGACAUCCGCAUCAGUAGUUACUAUGGCCUCUUUGUGCUUUUCUGUGUGUUGGGUCUGGACGCAAUUUUUAUUGCCAUGACCUAUGUCCAGAUCCUCAGGGUCAUCUUCAGCCUCCCCACAAACGAUGCCCGGUUCAAGGCUUUUGGGACCUGCGGCUCCCACCUCUUUGUCAUUUUAGCCUUUUAUAUCCCAGAGCUGGCUGGUGACAUGGUGCUGGUCCCUCUCCCCUGA